AUGGAAGACGACAUCGCUGUCGUGGGCAUCGGCCUGCGAUUUCCUGGUGAUGCCUCUUCUCCCGAGGAACUGUGGAAAGUCUUGGAACGCGGAGAAUCUCAGUGGAGUGAAUUCCCUAAGGAUCGUCUAAAUAUUGACGGCUAUUAUCAUCCUGGCGGCGACCGUCAAGGAAGUAUAUCCUUCCGUGGCGCUCACUUCAUCAAGAGCGAUUUCGCUGCCUUUGACGCUUCUUUCUUCGCUGUUGCAGCGGAAGAUGCCAAAGCUAUCGACCCUCAGCAAAGAAUCCUCCUUGAGGCCUCAUACGAGGCACUUGAGAAUGCUGGAAUCCGGAAAGAGGAUGUUGACGGCACCGAUGCUGCAGUCUACGUUGGUUCUUUCGUCAAAGACUAUGAACAAGUAUGCCUCCGAGACCCAGAUUGGCAGCCUCAAUAUGCUGCCACCGGAAACGGCAUCGCCAUCAUGGCGAACCGUAUCUCAUACUUUUUCAAUUUGCACGGACCGAGCAUGACCAUUGAUACCGGCUGCAGUGGCAGUCUCGUGUCUGUUCAUCUUGCUGCGCAAAGUCUCCGAACAAAAGAAACAUCACUGGCGAUUGCCGCUGGUGCAGGCAUGAUUCUCACUCCCAACACUAUGAUGCCGAUGACAGCUCUCAAUUUCCUGAGCCCUGAUGGCAAGUGCUUCACUUUUGAUUCCAGAGCCAACGGAUACGGAAGAGGCGAAGGUAUCGGUGUCGUAGUCAUGAAACGUCUAUCAGAUGCGCUCCGUGACAACGACACUAUUCGUGCAGUCAUUCGAGCCACAAAGGUCAACCAAGAUGGUCAUACUACCGCUCUCAAAGGCAUUACUCUUCCAAGCAAGGAAGCGCAAGUCGCAAACAUCCAUUCCGUCUACGAAUCUGCAGGUCUUGACUUCAGCCAAACUGGUUACGUCGAGUGUCACGGCACUGGUACCAAAGCCGGAGACUGGCGAGAGCUUAAAGCCAUAUCUGAAUCGCUCGGCUCUGUUCGAGGAAUUGACAACCCCAUCGUUGUUGGGUCACUCAAACCCAACAUUGGUCAUCUAGAAGGUGCCGCUGGUGUAGCUGGACUGAUCAAAGGCGUUCUUACACUGGAACAUGCCAAAAUCCCACCCAACAUCAAUUUGGAUAAACCCAACCCUGACAUCGAUUUCAAGAACUGGAAAGUCAAGGUACCGACGAAAUUGCUCGACUGGCCUCUUCCCGGUCUGCGCCGUGUCAGUGUCAACUGCUUCGGUUUUGGAGGCACAAACGCCCAUGUCAUCAUGGAUGAAGCUCCUCGGUACCUAUCAGCUCGUGGACUAAAGGGCAAUCACAACUCCUUCGAAGCUCUGAGCUCUACUGUAGAAACCUCAAACUGCAACACAGACACCCGACCGCAACUUUUCCUCUUUUCAGCGCAUGAGAGGUCUGGUGUCCAGCGUGUCAUGGAAUCUCACUUGCCUUACUUGAAGUCAAAGACAGGAAUGGAUGAGUCUUUCCUUCGCGAUUACUCUUACACCCUUGGUUGUCGCCGGUCCAACCUGGAGUGGAAACAUGCUGUCGUGGCGAAGUCUCUACAAGACCUCAUUAGCAAGCUUCAAAACGUCAAUGACUCUCACUUCAAGCGGACUUCCAGAAACAAGGAGCCCAAGGUUUGCUUCCUUUUUUCUGGUCAAGGUGCGCAAUAUGCCCAAAUGGGAAAAGAACUCCUGUGUUUUGAGGUUUUCCGCGCUACUUUGGAAUCUGCUUCUCUUUAUAUGAAAGACGCCCUCGGAAGUCAAUUUGACCUACUCGAAGAGAUACUUCAAGACCAAGCCAGGAGUCGCGUAUCAGACGCUAGGAUCGCCCAACCUGCCACCACAGCUAUUCAGAUGGCCUUGGUAGAUCUUUUCAAUUCAUUCCAUAUCACACCUGACUACGUCGUCGGACAUUCUUCUGGCGAGAUCGCAGCGUCCUAUGCGUCGGGCGCCCUUACGAAAGAGGCAGCUUGGCAGGUCGCAUACUACCGUGGCUUGGCUGCAUCUUCUCUUGCUUUCAAGAGACCCCCGCUUGAAGGGGCUAUGAUGGCGGUUGGACUAUCGAUUGUUGACAUCAAGGGGAGCUUCAAUGAUAAGCAGUACCCUUGCCAAGUAGCCUGUAUCAACAGUCCUCGAUCAGUGACACUAUCCGGGAGAAAGGAGAACAUCCAUUGCGCCUACAAAGAACUCACUGCAAAGGGUGUCUUUUGCCGUAUCCUUCCAGUUCAGGUUGCUUAUCAUUCCCAGGACAUGCUUUUGGUUGAGAAUGAGUACAAGUCUGCCCUUGGACUUGUAAAGCCACGUGAACAUCGGAAGUCUACUGCAAUGCUCUCAACAGUCACUGGGGAGUACAUCGACGGAAGAAAGAUGGACAAAAUGUAUUGGGCAUCAAACCUGACCCAGCCAGUCUUGUUUAUGUCUGCCAUCAACCAUCUGCUUAGCCUAUCCGCUGAAGACUGUCCUGAUAUCUUUAUCGAGUUGAGUCCUACAUCGACCUUACGCUCGCCAGUUCUCGACAUCAUUAAUCUGACAAAGAGCAACAACCCGCCGACAUUCCACUCAGCCCUUAGCCACAAACACCGCGAUUCGUCUUUUCUCAUGGAGACUUUGGGCGGUCUCUGGACUCGCGGUUAUGAACUCGACAUGGACAAGAUCAUCCCUCAAGGUUCCCCCGAAGAUCCCUCAAAGUGCUUGGCCGAUCUUCCUCCUUACCCAUGGAAUCACACUAAGUCAUACUGGCACGAGUCUCACCUUGGUGAAGCGAAUCGGUUCAGAGAGUUUCCCCGACAAGACCUCAUCGGCGCUCCCACCGCCGACGCCAUCUCGUUUGAGCCUCGCUGGCGUGGCUUCCUCCGCAUUUCAGAAAAUCCGUGGAUUCAGGAUCACCAAGUGCAAAAGACUAUCAUCUACCCGGCAGCAGGAAUGGUUACUAUGGCCCUACAAGGUGCAAGCCAACUAACUAAGGAGACGGAAAACCUCCUUGGGUUCGAGAUUACCAACAUGCGGAUCGAAAAGGCAAUGAUUGUGCCGAAUACUACACAUGGACUGGAAAUGGCCAUGAAUUUUAAGCGCCUCUCAACCUCGGGUGAUCAGCACCAGGAUCUCGCUUUUGACUUUUGUAUCUACUCGAAGCAGCUCAACUCUCCUUGGGAACAAAAUGCAUCUGGCUCUAUCGAGGUACGGUACAAGCGGCGACACUGGGGAGCCGCCUUUCGUCAGCACCACAAGACGUUUGAGUCGCUCAGGACUACUUGCAAGGAGUGGAUCGUCCCCAGGCAGCUUUAUGAGCUCCUCGAUAUUGUUGGCAUGAAUUACGGUCCUACUUUCCAGAACCUCAUACAGAUACUCAAGGGAGAUGGCGCAUGCCUCGCCAAAGUUCGCAUCCCUGACACUCAGUCGAAGAUGCCUGCCAAGUUUGAGUAUGAUCAUCUCAUUCACCCGGCGACCUUGGAUUCAAUGUUCCAGACGCCCUUUGCUGUAUCAUCUGAGCCUAUGGUCCCGACCUUCAUCAGGAGUAUAUUUGUCUCAGCAGCCAUCUCUCGCGACCUGAGCAAGCACUUCAAGGGUUACGCCACUGCGAAUCGAACGGGUGUCCGCGAUGCAACCGCAGACAUUGCCAUGACACAAUCAUGUUGGGACCAACCUUCGGUAGUCAUCAGCGGCCUCCACUUCACUAGUAUCGCCAAUUCAUCUCAAGCCGCAGGGGGGUUUCUUCAGAACAGUCGCACUUUAUGCACUCAGAUCUCGUGGAAACAAGACAUCACGUGUGCACGAGCUCCAACAGUCGAGGUUCUCGCCACGACACUUGCUCACAAGUUUCCGGGUCUAUCUAUUCUUCAGGUUGGCGGUAGUGCACACACUUGCCUGAAGAUUCUGCAUGCAUUUGGUUGCCCUCAGGGCAGAACGCCUUGGUUCUCACGAUACACUUUAGGGCACACUGCUGGUACCAAGCCCCUACAAAAGCCUUCUCUGAUUGAGGGAACACAUUACGAACAUUUUGUCGAAAACCGAGCUGUUGAUGGCUCGGAACCUCUGCCUAACUACGACCUGAUCAUUGUUUGUGUUCAAGAUGAUGUCGACACCACUAGGCUCCUGAAACACGUGAAACGACCUGGUUUUCUGCUGGAAAGCCUGCUACCUGGCAAUUUUGACUCUGAUGAUAAAGAGAUAAUUAGCCACAGCUACCAAGACGACAAUGGCGGAACCGUGAACAUGGAGUUCAGCGUUCAUCACCUAGACCCGGUCCACGAUUGGCUUUCUGUACCCAAUGUGGUUGUCCUUCUUCCCAACGAAUAUCCUUCAGAGGCAAGAUCCUUUGCUGGAAAGCUGAUUCUGGAAUGUUACAAUACUUUACAAAUUCAGAUUAUGCAUCUGGGUGAAGUAACGAGUCAGCCGGAAAAGCUCAAGGGCAAGAUUGUCAUCUCGCUUCUUGAUUUUGCGACCGACAACAUAGGCGCCUAUGUCUACAACUGGUCUGAAUCAGAGUUCAAAGAUUUCCACACUAUGCAUAGGCUGGCCAAAAGCAUCCUUUGGAUCUCAAGGGGUGCUCAUAUGGAACCCAUGAACCCCAAGGGCGCUCCUAUCAUUGCCCUUGCGCGCACACUCAACUCAGAGGAUCCUUUGAAAAUGUUUGUGACAUUUGACUUGAACACGAGCACGUCACUGGACUCUCCCACAGCCCUCAAUUCUGUCAAUAGGAUCUUUUUGCAAAGUUUUGUAUGGGCUGCUGGCUCCGGUCCCCGCGAGUUGGAGUUCGCCGAGAAGGAUGGAGAGAUUUUUGUUCCUCGUCUCGUUCCUAUUGAGCCACUCAAUGACAUUGUCGAGAAGGGCGUAGCGCAUGAUGUCUCCAAGGUGUCGUUCCAUGGCUAUGUACGGCACUUAAAGCUUCAAAUUGCUCAGCCCGGUCUAGUUGAGAACAGCUUGGUGUUUUCUGCUGAAACACAAUUCGCUCCCCAAGCUGGCGAGGUCGAGGUGAUUUUCGACAGCGCCCCUCUCAGCUUUAUUGACUUGGAGACUGUCAUGGGAAGAAGUUUAGAUUCCGACUUUGGCACUGAGAUUCGCGGCAGUGUUAGACGCACGGGGUGCAACAUCUCUGGGUUUAUGACUGGUGAUCGCGUCAUUGGCCUUGUCGCUGGAGGCGCUAUUCAGAGCAAUGCCAACAUUGACAGCCGGUUUGUCGCGAAAUGGUCUUCCAAAAUUCCUCUCAGUCAUUGUAUCAGUGCAUAUCAUUGUCUUGUCAAUAUCGGACGAAUUGGACGUGGAAAGUCGGUACUGAUCCAUGCUGGAGCCAGCACGUUUGGCCUUGCAGCUCUCGGCUUGGCUUCUCGAUUGUCUGCCGAUGUCUUUGUGACCAUCAUGGGCAGUGGUGCCGCUAGCCAGCGCGAGUUUCUUCUCAGUAUUGGUAUUAAGAACUCUCAAAUUCUCAAUGCCGACACAGAUAACUUUGCUGUGAUCCUUCGCGAUCGUUUACAAAGGGGUGUUGACCUCGUGUAUAAUCCUACACAGAAACACUUUGAUGCUAACAUCAAGUGUGUGCGACAUGGUGGUAUUAUUACACAAUUUUCCAACAAGUCCCCGUACCCUCCACCCGUUGAACUUGGAUCGCCGACCGUCUCGAUUGUCAACUUUGACUUAACCACACUAAUGAAACACGACGCCGACUACGUGGCAGAGUUGAUUGAGGAUGUCUCCGAGUACGAAGAAUACCUGGAAGAAAAGCUGGUGACGGAGGGACUUCUUGUUCAAAACAUUGAACUGCCCAACAUAACCGAAGCCUUCAAGCUUGUCGAAAAGAGCCCAUUAUUUGGACUUGUAUCCGUCACCGCGGCCAUUGACUCUAAUACAAUGGUUGAGAUCCAAACUAUGAAUCGAACCAAGUUGCUCCACCAGACGCUGUCUCGUGAGCACACUUAUAUUUUGGCUGGUGGCCUUGGCGGUCUCGGCCGCAGUAUUUGCGACAUGCUCGUCAAGAAUGGAGCUCGGAACAUCGCUUUUAUAUCUCGAUCAGGGGCAUCCAGCAAAUCCUCUCAGAGCUUCCUCCAAAAUCUCAGGAACUUGGGCGUCAAGGCACGGGUUUACUGUGUUGAUAUCUGUAACAUGGCCAGUCUUGAGAUGAUCAUCCGGGAGCACAUAUGCGAAGAAAUGCCUCCCAUCAAAGGUGUUUUUCAAUGCGCCGCAGUAAUCAAAGACUCAAUUUUUGCAAACAUGACCUACUCUGACUGGAUGGAGGCAGUCCGGCCAAAGGCAAUGGGUUCGCACAACCUCGUACAGGCGAUCUCAGACAAAUCUGAUGAUCCAUUCUUCAUCUUCCUAGCCAGUUCUGCUGGAGUUAUCGGUAAUCGAGGUCAAGCGAACUACGCAGCUGGAAAUUGUUUCGAAGAUGCCCUUGCGCAAAAGUGCCGCCUUCAAGGAAAGAAUGCAACGUCCAUCGACCUUGGGCCUGUGCUGGGUGCCGGUAUGCUUGCCGACGACACCGAAAUCCUCGACAUCCUGAGAGCUAGUGGGUUCUACGGUAUCAGGCACGAGGAUUUCCUUACCAUGGUCGUGUGCGCCAUUACUGGAGAGAUCACACCCAGUACUUGCAUGCCCGAACGUGUCAUAAUGGGCAUCGGAUCUGGUGGACUUAUCCGACAAAACCAGCCAGCUGAUCCCUACUGGUCUCGCACUGCACUUUAUGGUUACCUCAAUCUGGUUGACAUGCCUCAACCUGACCUAAGCAUUGUGGACGGUACAACCAAAUUUGACUUGAAGUCUCUCCUGACAUGCUGCACCACCAUUGAUGCAGCUGCCGAGAUUAUCACUACAGGCCUUUCACAUAUGCUCUCUAAAGCUAUGAACAUGUUGCCGGAAGAAAUCGACACCGGCAAACCGCCUCAUGUCUACGGAGUCGAUUCUUUGGUAGCCGUCGGGGUCCGAAACUGGGUUGUCACCAACUGCAGUGUUGAGGUCUCGGUUUUUGAAGUCCUGAGUGAUCAGACUGUUGCUGAGUUGGCUAUAGAGAUCGCGUCUCGAGGUGGUUUUGGAGUAGAGGCCAACUAG